UGAAUCUCCAGAGAGAGACUGUGGGUCCUCCCUCUCUUUCUCCUUCCUUCUUCCCUCUCUCUCUCUGUCUCUGUCACUCUCGCUCACUCUCUCGCUCUGUGACGGCGUGUGUUUGACCAGAGGCUGUGCCUACAUGGGAAGUGAGAAGGUGCAGCUGGAUCAGAGCCCAGAGGCGAGAGGAAAGAGAGCGUUUCCACGCUUCAGUCAGGAGAGAGCAGGAGAGCAGCCCAGUGGCAGAACAGUGGCUGAGGGCAUGGUCUCAGGCAGCUGAGGGAGAACGAGGAGGAGAAAGAGAGAGAAAGAGAGAGAGAGACAGAACGAUUCUGCUUCAGUGCCUCAACCUGAGUCCUACUCUACAGGGGGACCAACCAAAUUGGCUGGUGAAGCCCCAUUGAAGACCAACAUCUCAUAUCCACCUGAUACAUUUGGUGUAGGAGUUGAGAAGACAUCCAGAAGACAUCCUGAUUCAGUGCAGACUGAAUGAAUUCACUAUAAACUUAGCCAACAAGAAGAACCUUGAGAACCUUGAGAAAGAAGCUUGGAUGGAUGAAUGGGUUACCAUCUAAAAUCAUCUUGACCUAGAGAGAAUUCGACUCAAUGAGCCCAAAAAUCUCUACAAAUCAGCUUGAGACAUUGUUCUUCUCACCUAAAGAAGUAAAGUGGAAUGACCUGCCUUUGAGGAUCAUCUCAACAUCUCAACUCUGUAAAAAAGUGGGGUCAGGUAAUGAAUUAAUGCAUCAAGGAAUCCAGCUUGGUAAGAAGAAUGGUUUACCUUCUACAAAACCUCAGGACCUCAUGACCGAGUUCAUCUUAACUCAGUCCUAGUAGGACCAGAUAAUCCUGAGACUUUCUUUACCAAAAGAAGAACCAAGGAUGCUGGAUGAUGUGCCUUCUAAGUUCAUCUCAACUCAGUAAAAGAGGGAUCAGAUCAGCCACUCCAGAGAAGAUGGUCUUCUUCUAGAGAAGAAACAAAUAUGAUUGAUUAUCUGCCUUGGAUUAUCUGAGUUCAUCUUAAUUUAGUAAGAGUGGGACCAGAUAAGUGUGAGACUUUUUCUUUACCCAAAGAAGAACCAAGGAUGGUGGAUGGUCUGCCUUCUAGAAUCGUCUUAACUAAAAAGUCAAAAGUGAGAUCAAGUAAGUCUGAGAUUUACUUGAGCCCAGCUUCAAUAGAUCAAUAGUUUGCCUUCUAAACCCCUGUUGACCAAGUGAGAAGCCAGAAUAGUGGAUGAUCUUUCUUCUAAGGCCAUCUAAACUUUGUCAAAGUGGGACCAAAGAUUGUCGGAGAUUGUCUUCACCCAAAGAAGAAACAAAUAUGGUGGAUUGACUAAAUUCUCCAGUGAAUCCAGCUUGGCGGGGGGUCUACCUUGUGAAGCCCAGUAACAGGUGGAAUCAGAUGCACAGAAGAAGCUGCCAUAGUUGCUAGUUCAUCUUUACAACCUUUACAACUUUAAGAAGUGGAAUCAGACAAACCGAGAUUAUCGUCAUCCACAGAGGAACCCAGCCCAGUGGAUGGUCUACCUUCUAAGGUGGGAUCAAAUCCACAGAUGAAACUUCAACAGUGGCUAGUUCAUCUUGUAAGACCUUUAUAUAUCUAAAAAUUGGGAUCUGGUAAGCCUGAGAUCGUCUUAAUCCACCAAGGAACCCAGUUUGAUGAAUGAUCUUUACCCCUCUGCAAUCUUCUCAACUUUGUAACAGGUGGAAUCAGAUCAACCACAGACAUUUUUUUACCUUCUAAGACACUUUUAAACCAAGUGACUGAUAAGGAACCCAAUAUGGUGGACGUUCUACCUUGGUCUACCUUGUAAGACCAUCUCAUCGCAGGCAUGAGGAGGGAUCGGUUCGUGCUGGCCAUCACCUUGACCACUGUUCUGGCAGCUGAUGUGUAUUUUGUGCUACUCCCCAGGCUGAGAAACUGGUAUCACCUGUCCAGGAACGGCUGCACCUGCCGGGGGGUUAAUGACAGUGUUAGGUAUGAGGGACCAGUUGGCCAACAAUGGACCCCAAGCACCAACUUUACAGAACAGGGGUCCAAGCUGGAAAAGCUGUUCGAGCAUCCGCUGUACAACAUCCGUCUGCCAGAGCUAGCUCCAGACGAGAGGCUGCUGGAGGAGGAGGAGCUGAUGGGGUAUUAUCGGAGGAAAGUCAGCCGCUGGGAGAGGCAGCAGAAGUUGUACAUCGAGGCGGCGGCUGCGUCCAAUAUCUCAGUGCCCGAGCAGCCCGUGACCUUUAACCCAGGUGCCAGCUGGCUGAAAUUCCACUUAGGGAUUACCCGCUAUGCCCUGUACUCCAGAGAGGACCACAGCAUCGACACGCUGCUGCAGGACAUGCAGAGCGCCCCGGUCAUCGGUGCAGAUUACACUCAGGAUGAGAAAGCCUUAAAGGGGUCAUGUGACUGCACACAAGUGGUCAAGCCCAGUGGGCAUCACCUAAAGCUGGCACUGAAGCUGCAGGACUUUGGAAAAGCCAUGUUUAAACCUAUGAGGCAGGAGCGACACGAGGAGACGCCAGAGGACUUCUUUUAUUUUGUUGAUUUUCAGAGACACAACGCAGAGAUCGCCUCCUUCCAUCUGGACAGGGUGCUGGAUUUCCGGAGAGUUCCGCCUGUUGUUGGAAGAUUCGUCAACGUGACAGGAGACAUCUUGUACACCACUCACAGUGAUGAUCUCCGCAGUGUCUUCUUCACCUCUCCAGCAAACAACACUUGCUUCUUUGCUAAGUGUCUGUACGUGUGUAAGACUGAGUACGCAGUGUGUGGGCACCCGGACCUGCUGGAGGGAUCCAUGUCUGCGUAUCUGCCCGGCCUGAGCAUCGCUCCCCGUAUCUCCAUCCCCAACCCCUGGAUCCGCUCCUACACCUUCACCGGGAGAGAGGAAUGGGAGGUGAAUCCAUCAUACUGUGACACGAUUAAGAGACUCUACCCUUACAGCUCUGGAAACAGACUGCUCAACAUCAUCGACAUGACCAUCUUUGACUUCCUCACAGGGAACAUGGACCGACACCACUACGAAAUCUUCACCAAGUUUGGAGACGACGGAUUUCUGCUUCAUCUAGACAACGCCAGAGGGUUUGGGCGGCAUUCUCAUGAUGAGAUGUCCAUUCUGGCCCCCCUGACUCAGUGCUGCAUCAUCAAGCGCUCCACGCUGCUGCGUCUCCGGCUGCUGUCCCGGCCCGAGUUCCGGCUGAGUGACGUGAUGAGGGAGUCUUUGGCUCGGGAUUCUCUCAGGCCCAUCCUGACGGAGCUCCACCUGCAGGCGCUGGACCGGCGGCUGGAGAGAGUGCUGAAGGCGGUGGGACGGUGCGUGAAGAAGCUGGGGGAGGCUCGGGUGGUGGUCACAGACUUUGUGGCGUCUGACGGAGCUUCAGAAAGAGGGCACAAGGACCAGAGAGGAGAAGGAGAGGAUGGAGAGAGCUGACGGAUGGAUGGAUGGACGGAUGGACGUAGGGUUGACGGACGUGAACCCCGCUGAUUUAGUCUCCACAGGAUCGAGAGAGAACUGAUUAAUUUUGGUUAAUUGUGUUAAAUUAUAGCCUGUGGAGGGAAUAAUGGUCUCAGAUAAGAUGGUUGGACUGGUAGCUCUGCUCUUGGUGGACCAGAGAACUUCCAAAAUGGACAUUUUUUAACAUUCAAAGAAGUAGAACCAGCGAUUUCUAGGAUUCAAAUAUUAUUGACAGAUAAUCAGUGAUGGUUCUGAGAAGCUAAAGAAGGACCGGAAGCAGGAAUUGCCUUUCAUUAUCUGAAGAGAUCCUCAUUUUCUGCCUCUUUUGAAAACUCAUUAGAGGCAGCCGAGGCCUAAUGAUGCUUCACACAAUCGAGACGUGUAAGCAUGUUUCGGUAACAGUGCUAGAGAGGCUCAUGGAGGGGGAGAGAGCUGUUAAGAGGUUGAUUCCUCCACAGGAAAGUGCACGUUAUUAAAACGUCGAAUGCAGAUAGAUUUUAUGGCUUUCUUUCCAGACAGAGAGCGCGCUGUAUAAUCCUUGGCCGUCUUCUCUGUACACAGCUUGUGGGCUUUCAAGUGAAAUCUUGAAAAGCCAGUAGAAAAAAAAAAAUCCUGCGAGGUGUCUAGGGGCGAAGCUCUGUUCCAGCUUGUGGAAUUGUGCGCAAUUUCUUGCGACACGAGUGUUGAUGGAAGGUGGUUUCAGAGCAGGCUAGAACAUGUUACUCAUUACAGCAUGUCUGUCUUUCUCUAACCAACCAUAAAUGGCCUGUUUUUGUUCUUAAAACUUGUGAAAUUGCAAUACUGAGAGGUGUAGGAGAAAUAAAUUAAUCACAGACAGAUUCAAAAAUGAGUCUUUUUUACGCUCAGUUUUACUGGGCAGAUUUCAUUCCUCAUUUGUACCACUACCCCUCUUGCUGUUCCAAUUUGAAAGGUCUCAUUCUAUCAUUUUUUCAUUCAUUUGAAAAUGUCUAGUUGUGGUCUCUAGUAUGAAUGAAUGCCAUAUGUGGUGAAAAAAGGUGCUCUGGUGUUUCUGUAUAGCCCAUUAUUUGCUUUAUUUCACUGAAUUACUUGUUUUUGAAGAAAGACAGUUUUGAAGGUUUUGACUCAUGCUCAUGAAUAUUUAUACAUGCAAAUAUAUCGCCUUUGAUUGGCUAACAGCACUGCAGCAGAGAACGCCUACCUGCUGCCUUCCCCACAGUCAAUUUUACAGCUCUAAAACUCUCUAAAAGGAGAUUUUUUUUUCAGAGAUACAGCCUUAGUUAUAAAGAUACAGCACUGAGUGCUAGAUAAAGUUAACACUUAAAAACUUUGCUAAACGUCAGACUCUCAGCGUCGCGCUGCCAAGCGAUACUGCUCUCACUGUGGCAUUGAUAACGUUUCUUUCAGCUAAACUAAGGCUACUAAACUCUUACUUCAGACCUGGUGAUUCGGCACCCCAGAGUCCGCUUUAUAUUAUUAAAUUCAACAGGAAUGGUUCUGUCAAA